CCAAAUUGCAAGUUUCUAUGUAGUGUAGGGGCCUGUUUAUGUACUCCACUAAAAGUGAAACAGAAAAAGAAAAAUGAAAACAAUUCUGCAAGAGUUUUGAGCGAUUCCCGUUGGUGCCAAUCAUCACAAUCUUUGCUUCCCACCUAGAAAUACUCCCCUCGCUUGUCAAAAUUUCUUCAAUUUCUCAACGCAAUCCCUUUUUUCUGCCACAAUUCCCGGAUUUCAUGUAUGCAACAGACGCAUAUAAUCCUAAUUUGGAUAGAUUUAUGGAUCAGAUACAUGAUUCUCAAGGUAUAUAGCACUUGGGUGUACUACUAUACAAAGAUCCCAAUUGUUGAAACCGUUUCUUGAUUCAUUCUCUCAUUCGUCGCAUCUCAAUUGCAUGCCGUUGAAGAAAUUCGUGAAAAAAGACUAAAUUUGGAGUAUGAUGUCUGGGUUAUGGAGAUGGAGGAAGUUUCAAAAUGUUGUAGUUACGACAACCGCAGCAGCGAGAGUUUCUUCAUUGCACACAUCGAAACGUGGCUUUGUGAACAUAAAAGCCGGAGUCGAUUGUCCGCACAUUCGUCGGAGGUCGUUAAUUGGUGCGCAAGCUCGUUACAAAUGGGAGCACGGUGGUGGUGAUGAUAAUAACAGUAGAACGUCGACGAUGAUACGGAAGAUUAAGGCAGAAGCUAACUGCCCACGUUGUUGUAAACAGAUGGAUCUCGUUUUCUCCGAUAACCGUCACCUCAUUCCACCACCUUCCACCAGUGUCGCUCCUGGAGAUGAAUGGGGUGACCCGCCGGAACCCAGUUCCGUUCCGGAUGAGAAAGGGGGUCAUCAAGCGGUGAGUUUGUGCCCCAACUGUAAAUCUACUUACCAGUUCCAGCCGUAUCAAAUGUCUCCUCUUCAGGGUAGGUUUGUUGAAAUCGGUAGAUUUAGAAAUGGUAAUGGGAAGGAUAAGAAACACAUUAAUGGUGAAGAGGAUUAUGGAAACAAGCUUAGGGCUUCGUUUUGGGAUACACUGCGGUCUUACGGUGGUGACUCACCGGAGAAUUGGACAAAUCUUCCUCAUCCUCCUCCCCCAUCUAGCACCGGACUUGCAGUGCAUACUCCCCCAGGCCUUCCUUUUGCACCAAGCAUCAAUGUGACUCGCGCAGGGGGUCCUGGUGGUGGUGAAAACGGUAAACGUGGUGGUGGAGAGAAGAGUAGCGGGUGGGGUGGGUCGAAUUUGGGGAAGAAUCUGCCUACGCCUAAGGAGAUUUUCCAUGGGCUUGAUAAGUUUGUCAUCGGUCAACAUCGUGCCAAAAAGGUGCUGUCUGUGGCUGUAUAUAACCAUUACAAAAGAAUAUAUCAUGCGUCCUUGAAGAAAGGGUCAGGAGUAGAAAAAGGAAGAGGCAGGAUGGAAGAUGAUGAUGAUAAUGUAGAUUUAGAGAAAAGCAAUGUACUUUUAAUGGGCCCCACUGGCUCGGGGAAAACUCUACUUGCAAAGACCCUUGCUCGGUUUGUUAAUGUUCCUUUUGUAAUUGCAGAUGCAACAACGUUAACACAGGCUGGUUAUGUUGGUGAAGAUGUUGAAUCUAUAUUACAUAAGCUACUUACGGCUGCUGAGUUUAAUGUUCAAGCAGCACAACAAGGGAUGGUUUACAUCGAUGAAGUGGAUAAGAUAACCAAAAAGGCAGAGAGCUUGAACGUUAGCAGAGAUGUUUCUGGGGAGGGUGUUCAGCAAGCUCUACUCAAGAUGUUGGAAGGAACAAUAGUCAAUGUACCCGAGAAAGGGGCCAGAAAGCAUCCACGGGGUGAAAAUAUUCAGAUAGAUACAAAAGACAUCCUUUUCAUUUGCGGGGGAGCGUUUAUCGAUUUGGAAAAAACAAUAUCCGAGAGACGACAGGAUUCUUCAAUUGGUUUUGGAGCACCUGUUCGUGCUAAUAUGAGAAAUGCUAAACUCACCAACGCUUCAGUCACAUCAUCUUUACUGGAAUCUGUUGAAAGUAGUGAUCUUAUAGCUUAUGGACUGAUUCCGGAGUUUAUAGGACGUUUUCCCAUUUUACUUAGUUUAUCAGCUCUAACCGAGGACCAACUUGUUCAGGUGCUGAUGGAACCAAAGAAUGCUCUUGGGAAGCAAUACAAGAAGUUAUUUCAAAUGAACAAUGUGAAACUACAUUUCUCAGAGAAGGCAGUGAGAUUGAUUGCUGAAAAAGCUAUGAUUAAGAACACGGGUGCCAGAGGCUUAAGAGCCAUACUCGAAACCCUUCUAACCGAUUCUAUGUACGAGAUUCCGGAUGUGGGAACGGGAAAUGAUCGAAUAGAAGCGGUGGUGAUUGACGAGGAGUCGGUUGGGUCGGUGGAUAAACCGGGGUGUGGUGGAAAAAUACUUCGCCGUGAAGGUGCAUUAGAUAAGUAUCUUGCAAAAAUCAACUCCAAACAACAAGUGGAAGGGGAAGGGGUUUACGAAGGUGUGUCAUCAAAAGCCAUGACCAUGAGCAUGUAAGAUUGAUUGUUAAUUUAGUGUAGAAUGUCUUGUUGUAAAAAAACGUUCACAAGACAACAACAAAACAGACUGUAAAUUAUGUUUCACCUGUAGUCUCUAGUCUGUAGAAGACCACAAAGAUAACACCCCACCCUAUACUAUUUGGGUUUAAAUUCAUACACACAAAAAAAGAAAAGAGAAAAAGAGAAAUGUAACAUCAGCACACGCCAAUAUUCCCAAAUCAAUAAAUGAAAAAGAGCCAAUUCAUUCGUUGCAGCGCAUAUAUUUGUCCAUUUCAUCUAUGAGUAGUUAUUAGUGUCUUAAAAUAUGAUUAUAAGUAUUUUUUUUUUUUUUUGAGUAAAACAAUCUUGGA